ACGCAUGCACAGCUGCUCUGCAAUUUUUUAGCGGCUCAGACUAAUUUCCACUUGGCGCGAAUUCUAUUCUAUAGUAAUGUAAAAGGAGGAAAAUCAGACCUUUUUUUUUUAUUGAUUUCACAAAUCUCAUUUCAAUUCAAAAAUAAAUUUUGCAGGAGCGAAAUAAGCUGGUGAUUUUUCUAGCUGAACUUAUCAUCUUCUCGUGGGUGUGAUUUUGUGAAGCCUCUGGCCGAGUUUUGCUUAAAACAUGGGUUUCUUGAAUCUCUUUGCUAUUUCAUCAAUGCCUGUCCUCAAAGUGCUUUUAGUGAGUGGACUGGGGUCGUAUCUUGCAUUAGAUCGUAUUGACAUUUUGGGAGAGGACGCGAGAAAGCAUUUGAAUAAUAUUGUGUUCUUUGUAUUCAAUCCUGCACUUGUCUCCAGCAAUUUAGCCAAAACAAUUACAUACGAAAGCAUGGUUCAGAUGUGGUUCAUGCCAUUUAAUAUCCUCAUAACAUUCAUCAUUGGUUCAGCUCUUGGUUGGGUGGUCAUUCAAAUUACAAGACCUCCUCCACACCUCCAUGGACUUGUUAUAGGUUGUUGUGCUGCUGGCAACUUGGGGAACAUGCUUCUCAUCAUAAUCCCAGCGGUAUGUAAAGAGAGAGGAAGUCCAUUUGGAGAUUCUGAUGUUUGUUCUGAAUAUGGAAUGGGAUAUGCUUCUCUGUCAAUGGCAAUAGGAGCAAUUUAUUUAUGGUCCUAUGUCUAUAAUAUCAUAAGGAUUUCUUCAAGUAGGAACUCAAAGGAAGUUGACAUAAACGACCUUUCAAUCACAAAGUCUUCAAGUGAAAGUUCCACGGUUCCAUCUGAUAUCAGUUCCGCAGAAGUGACAGAACCUUUACUUUCCCCAAAUCAUUUGGCACUUCCACGAACUAGAUUUGAGGAGAAGCCUCAGGUUUCUUUUUCGGAUAAGAUAAAGCAACAUCUGGAUAUGCUCUUACAAUUGAUGAACUUGAAGAGGUUAUUCGCGCCAUCAACUACUGGAGUGAUUGCUGGUUUCGUAGUUGGACUUGUACCUCAAAUUCGAAAGUUGUUGAUUGGUGAGACAGCUCCUGUCCAUGUUAUCCAAGAUACUGCACUUCUGCUCGGGGAUGGAGCUAUUCCAGCUGUCACACUGGUAAUGGGUGGAAACCUUUUAAGGGGCUUAAAGGGUUCAGAGAUUCAGAAAUCCAUUAUUUUAGGCAUAAUAAUUGUUCGAUAUGUUGCCCUACCUCUGCUAGGUAUCGUCAUUGUUAAAGGGGCAACUCGCUUUGGUUUGGUGCAUCAUAAUCCGUUAUAUGAAUUUGUUCUUUUGCUUCAGUUUGCACUUCCACCUGCAAUGAACAUAGGUACCAUGUCUCAGUUAUUUGGUGCAGGAGAAAGUGAAUGCUCGGUUAUCAUGCUAUGGUGUUAUGCCUUGGCUUCAAUUACACUCACUCUGUGGUCAACGUUGUUCCUGUGGCUCGUUGCCUGAAAGCACAUUGGUCCGAGACUUGGAACAGUUUUGGGAUAUCAAAAGCCAUUCAUCAGUUGAAGAGUUUUGGCAGGCUGAUGUAAGUGGCCGAAUGGCAUGAAGUUGAUCAAGAAAGAGAAAUGAGUACUGAGCAUUCAAGGGAGAGGAAAAGUCAGCCUACCUUCCGAGAAUCAUGAGCACUUUAAUCCCUUCAUUUUACACUGAAAGCUACAUUUUCUUGUCCACAUUAUUCGAUUUGAGAAAUUCCAUGUAGUAGAAAAUACAAAUUGGAAGCUCCAAAGAAUACAAUUGACUAUUGCUUUUAAAGUUUGAGUUGUUUUUAACUGCAUUUACUGACUCAGUCUUAUUUUACUAAUGAUAUUUAUUAGGAAGUUCCUAC